AUGGACGAAAGCCCCUCCCUAUCACAGGGAGCGUUUGCCUUCCCUACCACGGAGAGAUUAAAUCCUUCUUGCCUCAGGCCCCUCUUCGCUCCUACCGCGGGGCCCGUCCCGCAGACGGAACGAAACGCUUCGCUCUACCGCGAGCAUGGGCGACGAGUGGUAGCGCCUCGCGCGUGCUCGACUGACCUGGCAAACCGGUCCGCAGGCCUUGCAGCUCCGGCUCCGGCUCCUGCAGCUCCGGCUCCGGCUCCUGAAGCUCUGGCUCCGGCUUCUGCAGCUCUGGCCCCGGCUUCUGCAGCUCCGGCUCCGGCUCCUGCAGCUCCGGCCCCUGCAGCUCCGUGCCCGACGCUGUCCUUGGAGCGGCUGCAGGAGGCGCAUUCCGGCAUGAUUCCGCUUUCCUUUCCGCGAGGCACCUCUCGGUCCCGACCGACGCCCCUCGGCAUCAUAGCGGCGGUGUUCAAGAGCUGGGUCCUCAAUGGCUUGCCCGUCAAGAGCGCGGUCAUCAAGAGCUUAGCUGCCAAGAGCUUGGCCAUCAAGAGCUUGGCCGUCAAGAGAUUGCUACCCCGAAUUGUUUGCCACAGGAUUUUCGUGUGCAAGGAAUUGCGAAGGCCCCGACAGUGA